AUGUCUUUGGAGGUGACACAGCAGUUAUUAUCAGUGCUAAGUGAUGAGAUAACUCUAUAUAAGUGUGUUCAGUGUGUUGCGGACUCUGAUGUGAAUCAGGACUCUUCGUUGGGGUCGUUAUUUAAGGCGGAAACUUUUCCUCAUAAAUAUGAUCCAAAGAAGAAUAUCCUAGAUAUUCUAGUCGAGAAGAGCCAAUUGGCUCAAUGCUUUGUUGAAUGCUACAAAUAUCUAUACAUGGGUGAAGAUGGUGACGACAAACUAAAGUAUUUUGCAGCUUUGGGAAUUCUACUAGUUACUCCAGAAGAUCAUACCGCUAUGAAGUAUGUCUCGAGUAUCAGAGGCCCACAGUACCAACAAGAUUUCCAAUUCAGGAUUAUAUGUGCAUACUUAACCAGCUCUAUAGCCAAGACUAACAAAUCGUCCAGCCUUUGGGUCUGUUUUCGAAGAUUACUCGUGAAGCUGAUGGAGGAUGAUCGUUGUAACGUUGGUCCACUUUCUAGAGUGACUUUGAAGAUCAUUUUGAUUUCUGUGAAAGUCCAUCCAAGAAACUAUUACGCUUUCAAUACCCUCCGGUUUCUGAUUGCAAUGCUACGAGAUAAUGGAGAUAGGUCUCUUUUAAAUUAUUAUGAGGCUUCUAUUAUGGAAUACCUUAAAACCGACGGAUUAGACGACUAUUCCAUGUGGAUGGCAUUAGUUCAGCUAGCAACUGGAUUGAGUACUGAAGAGUAUUACUUGAAAGAAUUCAGGAGGUAUUGCAGCUACAAAUGGGAUGCUGAAUUUAUAGAAUAUCGAUACACGAAUGAUUCCUAUUCGGAUCUUGUCAAUUGGUUAAGGGGUUCCGAAUAUAAGUACUACUCAGGAUGGUAUGCUGCACUGAUAAUAUCAACUAAUAUGGGAAAUGAUUUGCCAGAUUUGGAAAUGUAUUUUGAGCUGAGUUAUAUCAAUUUUGAGAACAGUCAUAGUUGCAUCAUUGAAUCGAGAACGGAAAUUUUAAGAGAUAAGAAUUCAGGAGAUGCUAUCAACUUGGAUGAAGAUUUGCUACUAAAGGAGAAGUUUACUAAGAAUUUAGCAUUCAAGAAAAUUUGUACACAAAAGGCAAAAGAAAGCACUGAACAAGUAUCAUAA